AUGAGGGCUAAAAGAAAGGAUGUAUGCCAGAAUUGCAGAUCUCGGAAGCUUGCUUGUGAUGGGAAACAGCCAGAAUGCCUCCAAUGUAUUCGCCGGCGGAUCCCGUGUAGUGGUUACGAACAGGAAAUUGUUUUCAUCAAUGCAAUGACACAUCCAACCAAACCCCAGACAGCUUUCAAGGCCGGAUGUAAAGAAACACACGUUGACAACAGAGGGGUAUUCGGUGCCUACAUACUGAAAAGCAGUCACCCAGCUUUGUGUGCGUUAUCAAACUUGUUUGACGAAACGACCACUCCUCCAGAAGCAAGUCCAAACGAGCUCGAAGAUGAUGUGGAUUUUAUUGUCCAACAUUUUGCGCCCAUAUGUAGCCAGGCGCCCGCGGAGUUCAACUUGUAUCACAACCAGAUAUGUGGUGCCUGGGUCGAGAUGCUUCCGCUUGUCGUUGAGCCUGCAAAGAACAGCCCAUUCCUCUAUUCCGCAAUCAGGACGAUGGCAACAGCCUUGAGGAACCGUGCAUCCGCAACCAGAGGAAACGAAUCUCGCAUACUUCUGAUGUACGGUGACUCUCUUCGCCGGGUGGGCAAAGCGCUCGAAGAAGCCCAGGGUGUCUUCCGGCAUGAACAUUGUGUCGCAAUAUUAUGCCUAUCAGCAACGAACAUUGUAAUACCACAAGCAAGAUCCGAUUGGGCGACGCAUGCAAAGGGUGUCGGAGCCAUGAUCGAGCGGCUCGGACCGAAACCGUUCAGCACUGGUAUCCUGCACACGCUCUUCGUUGGCUUCCGGCCUCUCCUGCUGAUCAGUUCAAUCCACAACCGACGAAAGACAUUUCUUUCUCAAGACGGCUGGGUUACCACACCCUUCGAAGCAGUACCCAUAUCGAUCAUGCAACUGCUCCUUAACAAAGCUACCCAACUUCCCGCUCUUCUGGAAAGAUUCGACAGUCUGGGAGAUCGCUCCAUCCCAUCCAAUGUGAUCGCGAUGCAACGACUACGGGAUGACUUUUUGUACAUGAUCAAAAGCCUCAAAGAUUGGGAGCUCUCAUCCAAAGCGCAGGCCAAAUUCUCUCUGGUCUGGCCUAAGCCCGAUUCUCCAGACGCAGAGUCCUCAGAUAGGAAGCCGCUGUGGUUCGCCAAUGUUCUGGUUGCUAGCAGCCUGACUCAUUGUUGGGCUUUCGAGAUCGUCGCAAGACAACAUCUGGAUGACAUUGAAGAGUCGAUGGCCGAGAUCAAAGGUUGCAACGUCAAAGCGGUCCUUCGGCGUUCCGACUCUGCAAGCGAUGAAGACGAAAAUCCGGUCUCGAUUCUGGCGGAGAAGAUCUGUGAUAGCAUGCCCUACUUCCUGCAACCGGAAUUGAAGCUAUAUGGACCCGCCUCUACCUUCUUCACGUUCUUGACAGCCAUGAAGGUCUUCAAACACAAGAAGACUUACUGCGCGUCUCGGCUCUCCCGCUGCCAACAGGUAAUCGAUCGUUUAGCUAGCAUUGGCAUCCACUUUCCGUCACCAUAG